CUGUCUUGUCCGGUCUUGCCUGCAGGAGCAGGAGGUCUGUGAUGUGCUCCCGCAGUUGUCGCGCUGAAAGCUGAGUGACUCAGUGCGACACGGGCCACCGAACGUGGGGGCCGCAGGAGGGCGGGGCGUGCAGCGGUCCACAGGCGUCGUGGGCUGUGUCCUCCUCUUCGGACGUGGACGGAAAAGCGAAAGGGAGGGCGGCGCGGAGGCUGGAGCGAACUGAGGGAUGGAAGCGGGCCUCUCAUUGUGUGGAUCACUGAUUGAAUAAUACAUGGCUUUACCUCGUCUCACGGGAGCCUUGCGCUCCUUUUCAAAUGUCACUAAGCAAGACAAUUAUAUUGAAGAAGUGGCUGACUUAAAGCUCAAGCGAUCCAAACUUCAAGAACAAGUUUCAGAUUUGGGCCUGACAUGGAAGAAGAUAGUGACAUUUUUGAAUGAAAACCUAGAGAAGAGUAAAAUGCAAAGCAUAGAUGAAGAUUUAAAAAAUAUAUUACAAGCUGCGAAACAAAUAGUUGGAAUUGAUAAUGGGAGAGAAGCAAUUGAAAGUGGGGCCGCAUUUCUCUUUAUGACAUUUCACUUGAAGAACGCUGUUGGCCACAUGGAGACAAAGGCUAUCAAACAGAUGUUUGGUCCAUUUCCCUCGUCAUCUGCCACAGCAGCUUGUAAUGCCACUAAUCGAAUCAUUUCUCAGUUUAGUGAGGAUGACCUUACUGCUCUUGUCCAGAUGACAGAAAAGGAUUAUGCUGAUAGAGUAUUUUUUGGUAAAAAUUUAGUAUUUUCAUUUGACAUGCAUGAUCUGGACCACUUUGAUGAACUGCCAAUAAAUGGUGAAGCCCAGAAAACUAUAAGCCUUGAUUACCACAAGUUUCUGAAUGAACAUUUUCAGGAGCAUUGCACCCCAGAGCUCAAAACCGUGGAAAAAACAAAUGGUUCCUUUUUGUGGUGUGAAGUUGAAAAGUACUUAAGUGCAACUUCAAAGGAAAUGACUGAAGCACCAAGAAUAGAAGAUCUUUGCUAUACCUUAUAUGACGUGCCUGCUUCUGUGCCAAGUGGGGAUGAGCUUCAGGAUGAGUUAUUUGAAUUACUUGGACCUGAAGGACUUGAUCUUAUUGAGAAGCUUCUCCAGAACAGAAUAACAAUUGUGGACAGAUUCCUUAAUUCGUCAAGUGAUCAUAAAUUUCAGGCUCUUCAAGACAAUUGCAAAAAAAUUUUGGGAGAGAAUGCUAAACCUAAUUAUGGUUGUCAAGUCACUAUUCAGUCUGAACAAGAAAAGCAGUUAAUGAAACAAUAUCGCCGUGAAGAAAAGAGAAUUGCUAGACGAGAAAAAAAGUAUGGAGAAGAUGGAGAAAUUUCUGGAGAAGGUGUUACAUGUUUUGAUCCUAAGGAAUUGAGGCUACACAGGGAGCAAGCACUUUUGAAUGCUAGAAGUGUUCCCAUUCUGAACAGGCAGAGAGACUCAGACAUUGAGAAAAUACGUUUUCCCCAUGUUUAUGAUUCUCAGGCUGAAGCCAGGAAGACAUCAGCAUUCAUUGCUGGUGCAAAGAUGAUUUUACCAGACGGAAUCCAAAGAGAAAAUAACAAACUUUAUGAAGAAGUAAGGAUUCCAUACAGUGAACCAAUGCCAGUUGGCUUUGAGGAAAAGCCAGUUUAUAUCCAAGACUUAGAUGAGAUAGGACAGUUGGCUUUUAAAGGAAUGAGAAGACUCAACAGAAUCCAGUCAAUAGUGUUUGAGACUGCCUACAACACCAAUGAGAACAUGCUGAUUUGUGCCCCUACUGGAGCUGGAAAGACCAAUAUUGCAAUGCUUACAAUCUUGCAUGAAAUUCGCCAGCAUUUUCAACAAGGUGUUAUCAAAAAGAAUGAGUUUAAGAUUGUGUAUGUUGCUCCCAUGAAAGCCUUGGCAGCUGAAAUGACAAAUUACUUCAGCAGACGUCUAGAGCCCCUGGGCAUUGUUGUGAAAGAACUGACUGGUGAUAUGCAGUUAUCAAAAAAUGAAAUUUUACGAACUCAGAUGCUUGUGACCACACCAGAAAAAUGGGAUGUAGUAACAAGAAAGAGUGUCGGGGAUGUUGCUCUCUCUCAAAUUGUAAAGCUCCUUAUUCUUGAUGAAGUCCAUUUGCUGCAUGAAGACAGAGGGCCAGUAUUAGAAAGCAUAGUUGCACGUACUUUGCGGCAGGUUGAAUCUACGCAGAGUAUGAUAAGGAUACUUGGACUCUCUGCAACCUUACCCAACUACCUUGAUGUUGCUACAUUUUUACACGUUAAUCCAUACAUUGGACUUUUCUACUUUGAUGGCCGUUUUCGACCAGUACCUCUUGGACAGACAUUUCUGGGAAUUAAAAGUACUAAUAAGAUGCAACAAUUGAAUAACAUGGAUGAAGUAUGUUAUGAAAGUGUUUUGAAGCAAGUAAAAGCUGGACAUCAGGUGAUGGUGUUUGUACAUGCUCGAAAUGCCACUGUAAGAACAGCUAUGUCUCUAAUUGAAAGAGCAAAAAAUUGUGGCCAGAUUUCCUGCUUUUUACCUACUCAAGGACCUGAAUAUGGACAUGCAGAAAAACAGGUUCAAAAAUCAAGAAAUAAGCAAGUUCGUGAAUUAUUCCCAGAUGGCUUUAGCAUUCAUCAUGCAGGAAUGCUUCGGCAGGACAGAAAUUUGGUUGAAAAUUUGUUUUCCAAUGGACACAUCAAAGUGCUGGUCUGCACAGCAACUUUAGCCUGGGGUGUCAAUCUUCCUGCUCAUGCUGUUAUUAUUAAGGGAACACAAAUAUAUGCUGCAAAAAGAGGCUCCUUUGUUGACCUUGGAAUUUUAGAUGUCAUGCAGAUAUUUGGCCGAGCCGGACGACCACAAUUUGACAAGUUUGGGGAAGGAAUCAUUAUAACAACACAUGAUAAACUGAGUCAUUACCUCACCUUGCUUACUCAGCAAAACCCAAUUGAGAGUCAGUUUCUGGAAAGCCUUGCAGAUAACCUAAAUGCAGAGAUUGCUUUGGGAACAGUCACUAAUGUGGAAGAAGCAGUGAAGUGGAUAAGUUACACUUAUCUUUAUGUACGGAUGAGAGCAAAUCCAUUAGUCUAUGGCAUCAGUCACAAAGCUUAUCAGAUUGACCCAACACUAAGAAAACAUCGAGAACAGUUAGUCAUUGAAGUUGGAAGGAAACUUGACAAAGCCCGGAUGAUUCGUUUUGAAGAGAGAACUGGAUAUUUUUCCUCAACUGAUUUGGGUAGAACGGCCAGCCACUUCUAUAUUAAAUACAACACCAUCGAGACUUUUAAUGAACUCUUUGAUGCUCACAAAACAGAAGGAGACAUUUUUGCUAUAGUCUCCAAAGCUGAAGAAUUUGAUCAAAUCAAGGUCAGAGAAGAGGAAAUAGAAGAAUUAGAUGCCUUAUUAAACAAUUUCUGUGAACUGUCAGCUCCUGGAGGUGUAGAAAAUAGUUAUGGGAAAAUAAACAUCUUACUUCAAACUUACAUCAGCCGAGGAGAGAUGGACAGUUUCUCCCUUAUAUCAGAUUCUGCCUAUGUUGCACAGAAUGCAGCUAGAAUUGUCCGUGCUCUUUUUGAGAUUGCUCUAAGGAAACGUUGGCCAACUAUGACCUACAGGCUCCUGAAUCUGAGCAAAGUCAUUGACAAGAGGCUCUGGGGGUGGGCUAGCCCUUUGAGACAAUUUUCAGUGUUACCACCACACAUUCUAACAAGAUUAGAAGAGAAAAACCUUACUGUGGAUAAACUAAAAGACAUGAGGAAAGAUGAAAUAGGUCACAUUUUGCAUCACGUAAAUAUUGGACUGAAGGUCAAACAAUGUGUUCAUCAGAUUCCUUCUGUUAUGAUGGAAGCAUCCAUUCAACCCAUCACACGGACUGUCCUCCGAGUGACACUCACCGUCUACCCAGAUUUCGCUUGGAAUGAUCAGGUACAUGGAACCACAGGAGAACCCUGGUGGAUUUGGGUAGAAGAUCCUACAAAUGAUCAUAUUUAUCAUUCAGAGUAUUUUCUUGCUCUUAAAAAACAGGUCAUAAAUAAAGAAGCCCAACUACUAGUGUUUACAAUCCCUAUCUUUGAGCCGCUGCCCUCCCAAUACUACAUCCGAGCAGUGUCUGAUAGAUGGUUAGGAGCUGAGGCUGUGUGUAUUAUCAACUUUCAACAUCUGAUUCUACCAGAAAGACAUCCUCCCCAUACAGAGUUACUGGAUCUUCAGCCUUUACCCAUCACAGCUUUGGGAUGUAAAGCAUAUGAAGCCCUGUAUAACUUCAGCCACUUUAACCCUGUGCAGACACAGAUUUUUCAUACACUAUAUCAUACAGACUGCAAUGUCCUGCUUGGAGCACCCACUGGGUCAGGAAAAACUGUUGCAGCUGAAUUAGCCAUUUUCAGAGUCUUCAACAAGUAUCCUGCUUCAAAGGCAGUAUAUAUUGCACCCUUAAAAGCCUUAGUACGUGAAAGAAUGGAUGAUUGGAAAGUUAGAAUUGAAGAAAGACUUGGUAAAAGAGUUAUUGAACUCACUGGGGAUGUCACUCCAGACAUGAAAUCCAUUGCCCAGGCUGACCUCAUUGUCACCACACCGGAGAAGUGGGAUGGAGUCAGCAGAAGCUGGCAGAACAGAAAUUACGUACAGCAAGUCACUAUUCUUAUCAUAGAUGAGAUCCAUCUGCUUGGUGAAGAAAGAGGUCCUGUUCUUGAGGUCAUUGUAUCUCGCACAAAUUUCAUCUCAUCACACACAGAGAAGCCUGUUAGGAUAGUUGGGCUUUCUACUGCAUUAGCUAAUGCCAGAGACCUUGCUGACUGGCUCAAUAUUAAGCAGAUGGGCUUAUUCAAUUUCCGGCCGUCAGUACGCCCGGUUCCGCUGGAAGUUCAUAUUCAGGGCUUCCCAGGCCAACAUUACUGUCCUCGCAUGGCCAGUAUGAACAAGCCUGCCUUUCAGGCAAUUAGAAGUCAUUCUCCAGCCAAACCUGUUUUGAUAUUUGUCUCUUCAAGACGUCAAACUCGACUUACUGCUUUGGAAUUAAUAGCCUUUCUGGCUACUGAGGAAGAUCCAAAGCAGUGGUUAAAUAUGGAUGAAAGAGAGAUGGAGAACAUCAUUGGGACAGUGAAAGAUUCCAACCUGAAGCUGACACUGGCUUUUGGAAUAGGAAUGCACCACGCCGGGCUCCAUGAAAGGGACCGAAAAACAGUUGAGGAACUGUUCGUGCACUGCAAAGUUCAGGUUCUUAUUGCUACAAGCACAUUAGCCUGGGGCGUGAACUUUCCAGCUCACUUAGUAAUUAUUAAGGGAACAGAAUAUUAUGAUGGAAAAGCAAGACGUUAUGUGGAUUUUCCCAUUACAGAUGUGCUCCAGAUGAUGGGACGGGCGGGCAGGCCUCAGUUUGAUGACCAAGGCAAAGCUGUAAUUCUGGUUCAUGAUAUAAAAAAAGACUUUUACAAAAAAUUUCUUUAUGAACCUUUUCCAGUAGAAUCAAGUUUAUUAGGAGUGCUUUCCGACCAUCUGAAUGCAGAGAUUGCUGGGGGUACAAUAACAUCUAAGCAAGAUGCAAUGGAUUAUAUGACCUGGACUUACUUUUUCCGACGUCUUAUCAUGAACCCCAGCUACUACAAUUUGGGUGAUGUGAGCCAUGACUCUGUGAACAAGUUUCUGUCCCAUCUGAUUGAGAAGUCCCUGGUUGAAUUGGAACAUUCAUACUGUAUUGAAAUUGGAGAGGAUAAUCGGAGCAUUGAGCCUCUGACAUAUGGCCGAAUUGCUUCCUAUUACUAUUUGAAGCACCAAACAGUUAAAAUGUUCAAGGAUCGUUUGAAACCUGAAUGCAGUACUGAAGAAUUGCUUUCAAUUCUAAGUGAUGCAGAAGAAUAUACAGAUUUGCCAGUAAGACACAAUGAAGAUCAUAUGAACAGCGAAUUGGCAAAAUGUCUUCCCAUUGAAUUAAAUCCUCAUUCAUUUGACAGCCCUCACACCAAAGCGCACCUCCUGCUGCAGGCACAUCUCAGCCGAGCCAUGCUCCCCUGCCCAGACUAUGACACUGAUACUAAGACAGUCUUGGACCAGGCACUCAGAGUGUGUCAGGCAAUGCUGGACGUGGCUGCAAAUCAGGGCUGGCUGGUGACUGCCCUGAAUAUAACCAACCUGGUUCAGAUGGUAGUGCAGGGCCGGUGGCUAAAAGAUUCCUCUCUUCUUACACUACCAAACAUAGAGCAGCACCAUCUUCACCUUUUCAGGAAAUGGAAGCCAGUUGUAAAGGGCCCACAGGCUAGGUGCAGAACCUCCAUUGAGUGCCUUCCUGAGCUGAUCCAGGCCUGUGGAGGGAAAGACCAUGUAUUCAGCUCUAUCGUGGAGAAGGAGCUCCAGGCUGCAAAAACAAAGCAGACAUGGAAUUUUUUAUCUCGCUUGCCAGUGAUAAAUGUGGGCCUGAGUGUUAAAGGCUCAUGGGAUGAUUUAGUUGAGGGACAUAAUGAACUGUCUGUGUCAACACAGCCUGCAGACCAGCGAGAUGACAACAGAUGGAUCAGAUUGCAUGCUGACCAGGAGUAUGUGCUUCAAGUCAGUUUGCAGAGAAUACGCUUUGGGUUCUGCAAGGGAAAGCAAGAAAGCUGUGCAGUUACCCCUCGGUUUCCCAAAUCAAAAGAUGAAGGAUGGUUUUUGAUAUUAGGAGAAGUAGAUAAGAGAGAGCUCAUUGCUUUAAAACGAGUAGGAUAUGUUCGAAAUCAUCAUGACGUUUCCCUUUCCUUUUAUACCCCUGAAGUACCUGGAAGGUAUAUCUUCACACUGUAUCUCAUGAGUGACUGCUACCUUGGCCUGGACCAGCAGUAUGACAUUUAUCUCAAUGUCACAGAAGCAAGCACUUCCACUCAGGUCACUGCAGAGGUCUCUGAUGCCUUUGCUGACCUGGCAUUGGAGUAACCUGACCGGGACUGUCUAUUUGGAAGAAGUGGCUAAGUGUGGCUAUUCAGUCAUCUAAACAAAGUUGAAUGACUUGGCGUUUGCCUUGACCAAAUCAACUUCUAACCUCAGAACAUCCAGGAAAUUGAUAGCGACUGCAGUACUGACUCCCGCAAUGCAGUUAGCCGUAGUGGCCUUUUAACAAAUGUCACCUCUUAAUAUUGUCUUUCUGGGGUUUUUGACAUAUAACAUGAGCAAGCGUGUAGGAUAAUCUUUCAGUUUAUAUAUAUUUGAGGUGAUAUUUAGGAACUAUCAAAUUUCAUAUCUCAGAAGUUACUGUUUACAUAAGCACUGGCUUUUUAUGAAAAGGAAAACCUCACUGAGGUGUGACAGUGUAAGAUUAUAACUCUAUGCCGUAAAAUAUGUAAAUUAAAGGGGUAAUAUACAGUGUGUCUUGUUAGUGAAUUUUAAACUUUGAUCAACAUAGUACAACAUAAUACUCAUAAAUGUCCAUAAUAUAUUCUGUAAAAUUAUAUCAGAGUCCAGUGGUGAUUAAAAAGAAAACAGAACAUGGUAGUCUUAGAAAAUGUGAUACUAUAACUGACAGAAAUAAAAUAUAUAGUCCUUCAAGA